UGCUUCAGUGCGUCAUAACCGAGCGACAGGCAAACAGACGCGUUACAAAACAUCAAAAUCACUCUGAACUUCAACCCAACCUAUGAAAUAAAUAAACAGUUUGUCUGACGAUGUUCUCAGACGAGCUGCUGAUGCGGUUCCUGGACGCCUCGUCUCGAGGGGACGUGGAGAAGGUUUCGGCGCUGAUGACCCAGUCCGCAGAUCUCCUGAACCAGCGAGGAGAGACGGGCUGGACCGCGCUGAUGCUGGCCGCCAGGAACGGACACUACGACGUGGCCAAAGUCUUACUGUCCCACGGAUGCGACACCAGCGCCACGAACCGCUCGGGUCAGACGGCAGCAGACGUGGCCCAGUUCUGGGGUCACCGACACAUCGCCCGUCUGUUGGCCAGCGCUCCCGAUCCCGAUCUCCGCCAUCUUCUCCCCGAGUGCGCCGGGGAAGAGCCGGACACGUUCUUCAACAGAGAGUUUCUGGACAGGAUGAGCGUCAAGCGGAGCGACUCGGAGUGGCUGGACUCCAAGCGAGCGUCUCCGGAGUCGGUGUUCCUGCUCUUCCACAAGCUGAAUCCUCUGGUGUCGUCGGGAGCGGGCGGAACCGGGCUCUGUAAACUCCGAGCGCCGCGAGUCCAGGAGAUGCUGAAGAGCAGAGACGCCGUGCUGGUGUUCCUGGGAGUGGAGAGACGGGAGACGGACGAUAAUCUGCUGGCGUGGUUCGCUCUCGAUACCGAAGACGAUCCGACAGAAUUCCUGAAAGCUGAAGAUCCCGGUUGUUUUUUCCUUCCGGGAGCGAUGCCGGGACUUUUGAGGCUGAGUGACGAUGAUGCAGGCGUCGUGGCUCAGGCCAGAUCGGUUCUCGCGUGGCACAGCCGGUACCGGUUCUGCCCGACGUGUGGCAGCACCACUAAAGUAGAGGAGGCCGGCUACAAGAGGACCUGUUUGAGAGCAGGCUGCAGAAGUCUCCAGGGCGUCCACAACACCUGCUAUCCCAGAGUCGAUCCGGUGGUGAUCAUGUUGGUCAUUCAUCCCGAUGGGAAUCAGUGUCUGCUGGGACGCAAGAAGAGCUUUCCUCCAGGAAUGUUCUCCUGCCUCGCCGGGUUCGUGGAGCCAGGUGAGGCGCUGGAGUCGGCGGUGCGGCGGGAGGUUCUGGAGGAGAGCGGUGUUCGGGUGGGACCCGUGCGGUACCUGUCGAGUCAGGCCUGGCCCAUGCCCUCCUGCCUGAUGAUUGGCUGCCACUGCGUCGCUCUGACCACUGACAUCACGGCGGACGAGAACGAGAUCGAAGAGGCGCGCUGGUUCACACGGCAGCAGGUGAUGGACGCUCUGGUGAAGGACCAGCGUGCCGUGUUCAGCAUGCCCCCCCGACAGGCCAUCGCACACCUCCUGCUCAAACACUGGAGCGGCUGCAGCGCCAACCUCUGACCCCUCUGACCCCUUCAUCAAACUCUUCAACAGUCAACUCAAUCAGUCGGCUGUUCUUUAGAGAAUAUAGAAGUCAAAUUAAAUUAAAAUCAUCACAUGACCGCAGAAAAUGCUCGAUAUCCUUAUAUUGUAAUCAUUAGAAGCACCAGAUUCAUCAUUAAGGUGAUUGACACACUCAUCUGUGUAACAUUGAAACAAUGAAGAGUGCAAAUAAACUCAAACGGACUGUUUCGUUUCUCUUUAAACGGUUUACCUGUGUAUUUUACUGUAGUUUGCUGUUGCAAACCGGAAGCACCAUGACUGUGAUAUUACACAAUACUGAUAUGACACAAUACUGUAACUGUAAAAUACAUCAUGUUUCUGAAACGGUUCUCGACCCUUCUGUAUACAGCAGUUUUCAACGACGGAUCAAGGAGAUGGAUGCUUUUUUUUUUAUUUACUCUUAAUUUAUACCCGAUAAAAGAUUUCUAGAGCUUGGUAUGAUUAGAAAAAUGUGCAUUUAUUUUAAAAAUGCCCAGGGAACUAUACAUUUUACAUACGAUUUUAUUCAUUUCCAUGACUUUUCCACUUUUAAAAUAAAGCUUCCUUGAUUAAAGACUAUUGGAAAUCAUGGCUCUUCAAAGAAAAUAAAUUAAAAUAAAGCCUUAAAUAUGGC